CAUGGCUGCCCUCAGACCUCUGGUGAAGCCCAAGAUCAUUAAAGAGAGGACCAAGAACUUCAUCCUGCCCCAGUCAGAAAAAAUAUGUCAAAAUGAAGCACAAGUGGUAGAAACCAGAGGCAUUGACGAUAGGGUGCACAGAAGAUUCAAGGGCCAGAUUUUGAUGCUCAACAUUGAUUAUGGGAGCAACCAGGAAACAAAGCACAUGCUGCCUGGUGGCUUCUGGAAUUUCCCAGUCCACGACGUCAAGGAGCUUGAAGACCUGCUGAUGUGCAACAAAUCUUACUGUACAGAGCUUGCCCCCGAUGUCUCCUCCAAGAACCGCAAGGCCAUUGUGGAAAGAGCAACCUCGCUGGCCAUCUGA